AUGUCUCUCACUUCUCCAGGUCAUCGUUUAGGUGCAAGCACUGCACCACACGUUUUAGAAGCUUACUUGGACUACUUGUGUCCUUUCUCUGCUAAACUAUACAAGAGAGUUCGAAAUGAAGUUUAUCCAUAUAUAGAAAAAAAUUAUCCCGGAAAAGUACAAUUCGUUUUUAGGCACCAAGUACAACCUUGGCAUCCGUUCUCAACCGUUGUUCAUGAGGCUGCACUCGCUGUUGAGAAAAUCGAUUCAACAAAGUUUUUUCUGUUCUCGGAUAAGUUAUUCGAUGUUCAAAAACAAUACUUUGAUGAAUCGGUACAGAAUUUGAGUCGGGCACAAAUUUAUGAAUCAUUGGCUAAACAUGUUAAGGAAAUUGGAAUGGCUUCAAGUUAUUCUCAAUUUCUUUCAUUACUUGAUAUACCAGUAGUAGAUGAAUUUGAGAAAGCUCGUAAUGAAGGAAAUAAAAUCACAAAUGACUUGAAGUUACACAUUAAAUUGGGAAGACAAACAGGAAUUCAUGUUAGUCCCACCGUUUUAUUCGAUCAUAUAAUUAAUAAUGAAAUUAGUUCUGGGUGGACUUUUGAUCAAUGGAAAGAAUGGUUAGCAAAAAAGGUGGUAUAUUCUCAAAAUUUAGGAGACACAAGUAGUGGCAUUGGUGUAAUUCCCGAAUAUCAAGCAUGGUAUACUUGUAGUAAAGUUCUAACAAAUUAUAUCAGUUACAUAUUAGAAGUGGUGAAAACACCAGAAAAUGCAACAAAUGGGUUCGGCAUAAAUGAAAUCGGAAAUCGACCAGCACAUUAUGAUAAAGAAGGAUUACUUGUAUUUGUAUCGAAUUAUACAUUUAUUCGUUCAUUGAUUGAUCAAAAUGCUCCUAAUGUAUUAUAUCUACCAGAAUUAUCUUGUGGUAUCGAACCUGUGCAGAAAUGUGAAGGGACAUCUAACCCUCCUUUUAAUACCGAACAGAUUAAUUGUUUGGGAGUUAUUAAUCCUAAUGGUUUUGAAACAAAAUUUACCGCUAGUAUUUCAUUCACGAAAGGUGUUGAAAAACCUCCUCUAAUUAUUCCUCUUGAAGAAAGCAAUCAUACCGAAUCAACUCCCACCCCAACAAAAACUCUUUCUCCAACCGAUACCCGUUCAUUUUUCGUACCGGGCGAUAAUAUUGCAAAUAAACUAGAGAUGAAUGAAGCUUUAUCAAAACCAAGAAAUGUUAAUCAUACCCUAUACAAGUUGUACGAUUGGAUGGAGAGAGGCUUAAUUGACACGAACCCAGAAUUUCAACGCGAUAUUGUGUGGAAUAAUACUAAACAAUGUCAUUUGAUUGAUUCGAUUCUCAAAAAUUAUUACGUCCCACCCAUCUUAUUCUCCUGCAAGAAAUUAGAUAGAAAUAGAUGGUUACGUAUUUGUAUAGAUGGCAAGCAAAGAUUGACUUCAAUUCGAAGGUUUAUGAACAAUGAAAUUCCAUAUCUCUGCCCAAGUGAAGGAAAAGCGAAGAAGACUUAUUAUGAGAAUAUUGAUGAUGAUCAAAAUACAAAUGCCUUGUCAAUUGGAGAAAAAGAUGAUUUCGAUAAUUCCGAAUUAGUUUGUAUCGAGUAUUAUGAUCUGAAUAUCGAGCAAGAGCAAGAAAUCUUUAGUCGCGUGCAACUUGGAUUGGCUUUGACUACGGCAGAAAAAUUACACGUUAUCUCGUCUCCAAUCGCGGAGCUUGCUAAAAAUCUUCUUGAACAAUACCCAUCCGUUAAUAAGAUUGUAGAUAAUAAACGCGGCAAACCAUUUCAACUAAUAGUACAAGCACUUCACAUGAUGGAACUCAAUCCGACCAAGUUCAGCGCGGCUUCUGGUGCCAUCACCAAAUAUUUACAGGACGAUCGUUCUGUACCACAGGAACUCAAACAAAAAGCUAGUAGAGUUUUUGCUGAAUUGGACUUUUUAAUCAAAGUUGAUGAUGAAGUCUUUACCAGAGAUCAUCGAUUUGCUCCAAUUGAAUUCGUGUUUUUUUGUUAUAUUCUCGCGAAAUUUCCUAAUUUAGAGAUGGCUUGGUAUCAAGACACUCUUUUGCAGAUGAAAGAGUAUGUUAGAAAUUAUCACGCUGAUAUUAGAUUCAAUCAGUCCGUUUACAAAACUCUCUGGAAUUACGUUCAAAAGGUUGAUGAUAAUUUGCAACAAGAUAACGUUCACAAAUCCAAAAGAAGAAAAAUAAAUUGA